GUGGCUCCAGGUGCCUGGCAGCAGCUUUGGGCUUGGAAGGCCUGCCCUUAUUGGGUUGGCUGACUUGCUUGUGCCUGGAUUGGGGGUGGCCCCGAGGUGGGUGUUCAGGCGCCUCAGGGGUGUGGGCAGGAUCAAAGCGUAAGAGAUAAGGGUGAGAAGAGGUGGGGCAGAGUUCCUGAGGGCCCCAGCCAGCGGCGGGCGGUGCCACGUUUCACAGUUGGGGAGGCAGAGACAAGAGUCGGAGCCUGGCCACAGGUGCCCAGCCAGCCAGUGCCAGAGCCUGGGCGCAGAGUCAGGAGGAGCCGUGGACAGAGGACCAUAGUCUGGAAGCCUGGGGGAGGGGGAGUCCUGCAGUGACCCGGAGGCUCAGGCCGCUCGAGGGAAAGGGAAAAAAAAGAUAACCGCCUUCCAUUCACCACCGAAGUGUGUCUGCCGAGGUCUCCGGGCUGGGAGGAGGCAAACGCUGCGUGUCUGCCACUGAGGAGUUCCCCACGGGUCUGGCGGGCAGACAGACACCAGCUCCGGUCCUCCAGGUGGAGGGGAAGUGACCGAGGCGUUUGCAUGUUCAGAGAUGGGAGACAGCCUUCUGGACAGAGGGAUCUGCAGGAGCCAAGGCUGGGGAGCAAACAGCCCAUGGAGAGAAAGCGAGGAGGCAGCAUGCAGCUGCGGGAGGGGCUCUGGAAGGGUGGCAGCAGCCUGCGGAGGCCUCUGCCCCUGCUCAGCCUUCGGCGGGGUAUUACUUUGGGACGUGAACACCUGGACGGCAGGGCUUGGUCCCGUGAUCUAGUGUGCCCAGGGCCUAGCACACCGUAGUGGGCCCUCGGGAGUUCAUUUUCUUUCCAGCAGCGGUUUCUGGAGCGUCAGUCACCAGGCACUGGGAAAAACAGCGAAUAAGAUGAGCCAAUCCUCUGCCCUGGGGCCGCUUCCAGUCGAGCAGGGAGACAGGCAGGCUUUCUCUGCGGUGGUGUCACUUUUGCUGAGCACUGUGGAGGAGCCCCUGCUCCUGAAGGCGGUCAGUAAACGCCUCUCACGGGGCGGGGGGCACUUUGAGCCAGGACCUGAGCGACAGAAAGGGGCACACUUGAAUCCCGAGGGGGACUUCGUGCAGCUCCCGGUGCCCGUCAUCCAGCAGCUCUCCCACUGGGACUGCGGCCUGGCCUGCUCCAGGAUGGUGCUCCGGUACCUGGGCCAGCUGGACGACGCUGAGUUCGAGAGGGCCCUGCAGGAGCUGCGGCUCACCAGGAGCAUCUGGACCAUCGACCUGGCCUACCUGAUGCGCCGCUUUGGUGUGCGGCACCGCUUCUGCACCCAGACCCUGGGCGUGGACAAGGGCUACAAGAACCAGUCCUUUUACAGGAAGCACUUCGACACAGAGGAGACCCGGGUGAACCAGCUCUUCGCACAAGCCAAGACCUGCAAGGUGCUGGUGGAGAAGUGCAGGGUGAGCAUGCAAGACAUCCAGGCCCACCUGGCGCAGGGCCACGUGGCCAUCGUGCUGGUGAACUCGGGGGUGCUGCACUGCGACCUCUGCUCCAGCCCCCCCAAGUAUUGCUGCUUCGCGCCCAGCGGGCCCCGCUGUUUCUGCCGCUCACCCGACUACCAGGGCCACUUCAUCGUGCUGCGCGGCUACAGCCGGGCUGCCGGCUGCGUCUUCUACAACAACCCGGCCUACGCCGACCGAGUGUGCAGCGCCAGCGUCAGCAACUUCGAGGAGGCCAGGACCAGCUACGGCACGGACGAGGACAUCCUCUUCGUCUACGGGGACAGCUGACAGCGGGGGCCCGCCACGCCCUGCCCCCGGAGGCCGCUCCAGAGGCGCUGGCCCAGGCCUGGGGCUCAGACGAGGCGCCGCGUCCCUGCUGGCUGUUGACGUCGUCCUCCGGGCCAGAGGCCAGCUCCCGCUGCGCUCGUCUGCCCCCACGGGCGCCCUGGUGCCUGCAAGCCAGGCGCAAGAGCCCCUCUCCCCACAGACCCAGGACCCAGCCCCAGGAGAGCUGUGGGUCUGUUUGUGUGGAGACCGUCGGUGUAGCCACCCUGGGCCCCAGGGCUGUGUCAGCUCCAGCCUCCCCGGGAUCUGGUCAAAAGGCAGGCGCCCUGGGCCCGUUGCCCCCUUCCCCCACCCCCGCCCAGGGGGGCCCAGUCCCUGCGGCUGGUGGCCAGGCCCCUGGGGAGGGCUGGACCUCAGACAGAAAGGCCUCAGGCCCCUGCAGCCCUCCUUGGAGUGGACACCUGGGCUGUGGGCGGGACCUGGCUCCCGCUGGCACCCCGAGGGCCAGGGCCAGCGGCCUGGGCCCCAAAGACACUCCCCGCCCCCCGCCACGGCACCUCCUGCCUCAGUGCAGGCAGCCCCACAUCUCAGGGUUGGGUGCUGGGGCCCUGGGCCUGCACGCCUGAUCGUGGCCGGGGGCGGCCUGUGGCCUCCCCCCAACCCAGCGCUCACUCCUGGCCCUCUGCAGAGAAGGCCGGGGGGUCUCUGUCGGCAGAGGGAGUAACCUAACCCAGGAUCACACAGCGCGGACCCCCGCAUGGACUGGGGCGGCCUCCUGUUCCUUUUUUAGCCGGGGGAGGCGUGUGCGUGCGCGCGUGCGUGCGUGCGUGUGCGUGUGUGUGUGAUUUAAGUCUUUUUUUUAAGCCGGGGGUGGGUGUGUGUGUGUGUGCGUGUGUGUGUGCGUGUGUGUGUGCUCGUGUGAGAUUUAAGUCUUUUUUUUUUAGCCGGGGGAGGGUUUUUUUUGAGAUUGAAGUUUUCACUUUUGGUGGCGUGAGACUCAACCUCAAGCAAGACAAUAAUAGUGGGGUCACAGGUACUUUGGAACCAUGGACACCUCUUUUCACGGGCAGAUAAGCCAGGCCAGGAUCUCUUCCAAAGCCAGGGGGACCCGGGGCUGCAGGCAGGCAGGCCUCGCGCCACAGCCAGAACCUGACUCAGGACAGUGGUGGGGCUGCGUCUUGAACCUGGGUCUAUGCCCCUGGAGAAAAAAGGGAAAUGGGUCAUUCCCAAAAGGGGCUGGGACACCUCCUGCCCCUGCCCUGGGUUACCUCUGGCCAGGGGGUCCGGGAUGCCCCCGUCAGCUACAGCACCUAAGUCUUGGUCGUCGGUGCCAGAAGCCUGAUGCUGGGGCAGCAGCUUCCGCCGCUUCCCAGGCUAUGGACCACCCAGGACCACCCAGCUGUACAGCUCCUCUACCCAACAGCCUUGACCGAGAGGCAGGCACUUCUGGCCAGACAGCCACCCUAGGUUCAAAGGCUAGCGCUGCCUGCGGGCCCGUCUCGUCCCCGUUGCCUUAACCCUGGGUAGCCUGAGACCAGCCCCCCCCGCCCCGAGCCCUGGUUCCCACGGCCGGGAGGACCACACGUGGCAGCUGCAGGCUGGGCGCCCCUGGAAGGGGCCCGGGUGACCCCGGUGAGGGCGGCGGUGUCCAGGGAGACAGCGACAGAAAGGGGUGGCCGCCCUUGGGGAGGCCCACUACUCUGGCCGGCGGGGGCUGCCCAGGGAGCAGCCGCCAGUGUCCAUGUUGCCUUCAUCCAUCAGAUACACUGUCCCCAGGUCGGAGGAGCGAGCCUCUCGGGGAAGCCACAGGUUAGAGGUCACCCGUCUGGAAGGUUCACAGGAGCUGCCUGGCCCUGGGGCCGACACCACCUGCCUGGAGGGGGUCUCGGAGGCGAACCUCACCGUGUUGUGUCCUGUUCACGCACAAAUCAUGAAAACGGGGCUGGAGACAGCAGGACGCGGCCCACGACCCCGUGACCCCUUGGCCACACGUGGAGGGGGGUGCCCUGGACCGCUGGCUGUCUCCCCAGCCACCUAGGGGCAAAAGGGAUUUUAUGCAUCACAGGGAUUUUCAUAUGUGUUAUCUCGUUUGUAAUGAGCCAUUCUCAAUAAACCUGGUCCUCACUCGAAGACCCUGGCA